UGGGGGGCGGGGGGCAGGUAUCCGCGCGAGGCCGUGUCGACCUCGGCUUUCUCAACCGGUCGGGGGCCGCUCAGAGCACGUUAGCCCGCCGAAGCUAACCCCGUACGCGGCGGAAACCCCUUUUUCGGCCAGCCGGGAGCUCUUGACGUCGUCGGCGUGGAUUUCGAUUCGUGCGGCUCUUAUCGGCAGCACCCGCUGAGGCAUGUGGAGAGCGACUUUGGAGGCGCUCGGCGUUCUUCUGCUGGCCUUCCUGUUGGGGAAUGUCGCUUUAGCUUGGUAUCAGCUCAGCAAGCCCCGGACGGAGACCGAGACGGAGACGCGGGGGGCCGGCGAGGAGCCUCAGGAGCAGAGCUGCUUUUGCCAUCUGACGGGGGUGCUGGACGACUGUUUCUGCGAUGUGGAGAGCAUCGACGUCUUCAACAAUUUUAAACUUUACCCUCGCAUCAAAAAGCUGACGGAGCGCGACUACUUCCGCUACUACAAGGUCAACCUCAAGCGAGCGUGUCCCUUCUGGCCCGACGAUGGCCACUGCGCCAUCAAAGACUGCCACGUGGAGUCCUGUCCCGAGAGUCAGGUUCCUGCGGGCAUUAAGUCUGGGAAUUACAACAAGUAUUCGCAGGGCGGCGCCGACGUGAGCGACUGUCAGCAGGCGCAAGAGCUGGGGGCCAUCAACAGCACUCUCAGCAAUCAGAGCAAAGAGGCGUUUGCCGACUGGGCGCGGCACGACGACGCCCAGGAUCGUUUCUGCGAGCUGGACGAUGAGUCGUCCCCGGACGCCGAAUACGUGGACCUGCUCCUCAACCCGGAACGCUACACGGGAUACAAAGGCCCGUCGGCGUGGAGGGUCUGGAACAGCAUUUAUGAGGAGAACUGCUUCAAGCCCAGGUCCGUGUACCGACCUCUGAACCCUCUGGUCCCAAGCGGAGGAGACGACGGCGAGGGCUUCUACAAGUGGCUGGAAGGUUUGUGUUUGGAGAAGCGGGUCUUCUACCGCCUGAUCUCGGGCCUUCACAGCAGCAUCAACAUCCACCUGUGCGCCGAGUACCUGCUGGACGAGGGUUGGGGCAGGUCGCUGUGGGGUCCCAACGCCGAGGAGUUCCGCUGGCGUUUCGACCGGGCCGAGACCAAGGGCGAGGGCACGCGGCGCCUGAAGAACUUGUACUUCCUGUAUCUGAUGGAGCUGCGGGCGCUCUCCAAGGUGGCGCCGUACUUUGAGCGCGCCGCCGUCGACUUGUACACGGGGGGCGGGCGCGAGGACGCCGACACCAAAGAGCUGCUGCUGCAAGUCUUCGGCGAGAUCAAGAUGUUCCCCAUGCACUUUGACGAGAAGUCCAUGUUUGCUGGGCGCGAGAAGGAAGCCAAAAGCCUCAAGGAGGAGUUCCGCCUUCAUUUCAAGAACAUCUCCCGCAUCAUGGAUUGCGUGGGCUGCAGCAAAUGCCGACUGUGGGGAAAACUGCAGACCCAAGGCCUGGGCACGGCCCUGAAGAUCCUGUUCUCGGAGAGACGGAUCAAGAACCUCACGGAACGUUCGGCCUCCAAGGGCUUCCAGCUCACUCGCCAGGAAGUCGUCGCCUUGAUCAAUGGUUUUGCCAGGCUGUCGUCCAGCAUCUACGAGCUGCACAACUUCCGGCUGCUGCUGAAGGAGAGCGGCAGGUAGCGGGUGGAGGAGCUGACGAGCCCCCCCCCCCCCCCCCCCCCCUCCUCAAGGUCGGCACUCAAAAUGGACGUGCGUGAGGGGACACUUGUUCAUCAUUCAGGGAGGGGAAGCCACCCCUUCCC